AUGGUCGUUAAUCGGAGUAAUAGUAUCCUUUCAACAAUAACAAAUAACAGCAAAAUCGUUAGAAAAAUCGAACGAAAGAUGGAUGAUUUACCAUCUCCACUUGUUUCAAUAGGGAACACCCCAGUAGGAAUGACUGAAUCAAAACUAGAAUCUUGCUCGAUGUCAAGUGAGCUUAGCGAAGUUAAGGAAACUGAGUUUUGCAGCGUUGGUUCCGCAGAAGGGAGUAGUUCUUCAGAUAACAAAAAUAUUCAACCUGAAAAUCAGGCAGAGACAGUUGUUCUUCAAAAUGACCCAAUUGAAGAGUACACACCUCCCUACAGUGCUCUUUCAAAAUUCCAGAUUGGAUCGAUCCUACUAAUUAUAAUAUACAUCGGAUUUUUAGGGCCGGUAACAGGUAAUAUCUACAUUCCUGCAUUGCCUUUACUUCAAAGAGAAUUUAACACAAGUACUUCAACAAUUAAUGGUACAGUUGCUGCAUUUAUGGCUGUUUUUGCAGUUGGUCCAUUUUUGUGGGCAGUUCAGGCUGAUUUUGGUGGUAGAAAGUUUCUAUACAUCGUGUCACUUGUUAUAGCGGUUGUAGCUAAUAUUCUUUUGGCAGCAGUACCCAAACAUGUUUCUUCUCUUUAUAUUUUAAGAGUUUUUCAAGCUGUGGGUACAAGCGCUGUAAUCCCUUUGGGUGUUGGAACUGUGAGUGAUCUUAUUUCUCCUAAGAACCGUGCAAAAGGAAUUUCGUACUUUAUGUUAGGCCCAAAUAUGGGUCCAAUUCUUGGUCCAAUUAUAGGCGGCCUCAUAUUAAUGAAUGGAGAUAGUUGGAGGUGGUUAUUUGGGUUUACCUCGAUAACUACAGGGAUUGCUCUUAUAGCAGUUAUUAUAUUUCUACCAGAGACUCUUAGGUGCAUUGUAGGAAAUGGUGAUCCUCGUUGGAAAAAUGAUCCCCAAUUUCCGCAAUCUGAAUGUGUAGAAAAACUCAUCGGUCCAGAAGCUGCACCAACACCGGAAGUUCAUUUACAAUUAUUCGCAAACUUAGGGCCACAGAAACCAGUUAAUAAUACACAAUUGUUCACCAAAUUGUAUCCAAGACCCCCCAAGCCGACAUGGCGUAGUUACUAUGUGACGUUUUUGGAGUUGAGAGUCUUGAUAUGUUCCAUGUCAACGGCAAUACUAUUUGCCUCCUAUUACAGUUUUAGCGUAAUUCUAUCUCACGAGCUACACAGUCGGUUUCAUUUCAAUAACCUUGAAAUUGGGGCUUGUUAUGUUUGCCCUGGUGUCGGAUUGCUGUGUGGUUCCUUGAGCGGAGGCCAUCUUUCAGAUUAUCUUAAAAAAAAAUCGAAACAUUGGAUACCAGAAAAUAGACUUUGGUUUCAAAUAUGGGGUUUAGUAUUCAGUAUGGCUGGAUGCUUCGGAUUUGGUUGGGCUAUUCAAAAGAAAUUGCAUAUAGUGGUUAUAUUACUAUUCUCAUUUUUGUUGGCAUUUGGAAUGACAUGGUGCUCCAACGCAACUAUGACGUUUUUAACAGAGAUGGACAGAAAAAAAACUGCAACAUUGGUAUCUAUCAGUAGUUUCUUCAGAAAUGCGGCUGCAGCAGUAGCUUCGGCUAUAGUAUUCAAAUUAAAUGAAAAAAUGGGAACUGGUUGGUGUUUCACCGGAUUGGCAUUCUGUGAUUGCGCUACUAUACUAGGUAUCGUUUACUUGAUGAUGGAGGGUAGAAAGAAAGACGACAAAAAAAAUGCCACUGUCACCGCUGUCGCAUAA